GUGUGCUCCGCACAUCACAUCGCACCGCGUUCGUAGACGGGCCAGUUUGUCUUCGACAGUCAGCACAACUAUUUGUCCAACUGAAUAAAUUAAUCAAUUUGACCGUGAACAGGUUUUCAUCCUAUCCAUUAUUUUUUGCAACUUGGUCGUGAUUGGGAUCAGCAGGAUUCACUUUGUACAAAACUAUCCAGUAAUUAUUCAACCAUGUCUCGAGUUCUGGUCGGAGUUAAGCGAGUAAUCGACUAUGCUGUCAAGAUUCGAGUCAAGCCGGAUAAGACCGGUGUCGUGACCGAGGGUGUAAAGCACUCGAUGAACCCUUUCGAUGAAAUCGCUGUUGAGGAAGCGGUCAAAAUGAAGGAGAAAAAAAUCGCAGCGGAAGUUGUGGCCGUUUCUGUUGGACCCGCACAGGCCCAAGAAGUGCUGCGUACAGCGCUGGCAAUGGGUGCUGACCGAGGUAUCCACAUCGAGGUUGCCGGCAAGGAUUAUGAACUGCUUCAGCCGAUACAUGUAUCGAAAAUUCUAGCCAAACUGGCUCAGGAAGAGAAGGCCGAUCUCGUAAUUCUUGGCAAACAGGCCAUCGAUGACGACUGUAACCAGACAGCUCAAAUGACGGCUGCAAUACUUGACUGGCCGCAGGCCACAUUCGCCUCCAAAGUGGAGAAGACGAGUGAUGGUCUUACGGUGGUAAGAGAGGUUGAUGGCGGUUUGGAAACGAUUAAGACUAAGGUUCCGGCUGUGAUCAGCGCCGAUUUACGUCUCAACACCCCCCGCUAUGCCACUUUGCCCAACAUUAUGAAGGCCAAGAAAAAACCGAUCAAAAAGUUAGCCCCGAAGGAUCUCGGUGUAGACACAACACCGCGUAUCGAAGUCAUAUCGGUGGAGGAUCCACCGGUGCGCCAGGCUGGAUCAAUUCUGCCCGAUGUGGACACUCUGCUGGGCAAACUGCGUGACGGCGGUCACAUUAAGUAAUCGAGUGCGGUUACACCCGGUUCGGCCGUGAUCGUGAGUGCAUUUUUUGUUGUUCGCUUUCUAUGUGUGUUUAUAAAACCAUCAAGCUGAAAGUUUUUACUUUAGAUCAUGUCUGUGUUAGAUAGCGAAAUACAAUCAUCAAUAAAGAAAACGAAAAGAUCAA